UUUCAAUAAAGGCUCAAAUCAUUAGUCGAAAUGUUAAAUCUGUCUGUAUAACCGUGGUAUAAACUAAAUAAAUGUUAUUAAAAUGAUAUCUUAAUCACAGCCUAUUUAUUUUUCAUAUAGUCAAUGUCUUGAUAUUAGAUCAAUGGUUUUUACUCAUUGCCGUUAUUAAAUUUGACAUAUUAAGUAAAUAAUUUACUAAGUACAAUACUAUGUGGACAAGAAAAAGCAAGUACUUCAGAAAAACAAAUAAUGAAAUUAAGAGUCAUUAUUUUAAAAAAAAUCAAGGUCGAUCUAAUAGAGUAUCUCACUAUGGUCAAAAUGAAAUAUCUACUAGUGAAAAUAGUUCAAGAGAACGCAUAGUUUUACAAAAGAAAAGAAAUCAAACGAAUUUAUUGGAAAACAUAGAUCGCUAUUUUGAAAAUCAUCCUCCUCAACUUUUACAUCAGUUGGUUAAUGAACGCGGAAAAGUUAGAAAUGGUUAUGUUCAACGAGGAAUCCAUCCUAAUUUUUGUGAACAAAAUUUAGAUCCACCUAGCAAAGUACAUAAGAGUAGAAUAGAAGAUAUUAUUUCCUGUGUGAAUUUAGAAACGAGAAAUCCAGUUAAAAAUUAUCGUGUAAAUAUUAGUUCUCCAGAAGCUACAUCAACAAAAAAACGUUGUCUUGAUAAAAAUAUUUCUAUAUCUCCAAUCGAAAAAUUAAAACCAUUAGCAGUUAAUAAACAUUAUUUGUUCAAUAAAAAUAUCAUGACAAAAAUUACUUCAAGACCAUUGACAAAUAAAAAAGAGAACAUAAUUACAAGUAAUUUUAAGCUUACUUCAUCUCCAGAAAAAUUGUUAUCUGAUUCUAUAAGAAACCAAGUACGUGAGCUUAAAAAUUCAUUAGUAAAUCGUAUUAAAGAACCAAAAAAAAACGAAAUACUUCCUAUUAGUAAAUUUAAUGACGAAGAUUUUAGUGAUGUCUGUAAUUUAUAUAAUAAAUAUAUUAAUGAAAUUAGUGAUGAUUUGCCAAAAUUGAGUAGUACAUCAAAAUCAGAUAAUGAUCCUGGAGUUAUUGUUUGUGAAGAACUUCGUCAAUGUAUCCUUCGUUUACACAAUUCAUCACAAAAAAAUAACAAAAAAACAGAUAAGAUUACUAAAUUAUCUACAUCACCAACAAAAAUGUUUCCUAUAAACAAUUCAACACCAAAAGAUUUUAUUUUCAACCCUCUUUUUAUUCCAGUUAACCAACAAGAGAUACUGAGUCAAAAUGACAGUUUUGAAUUAUCAAGCGCGGAAAGUAAAACGUUCGAAAAGUAUAAUAAUUUUUUAACUAAUUCAAAAACUUAUGGUGUAGAUGACGAUUUUUCUUCACCCGAACCUUGUCUUGGUAUAAGUCAUUCCAUUACUCAUUAUCAAUCAACUAGCAACGUUCCAUCAUUUCUAGAUUUUUCAUUAGAUAAAUUAAAUCAAAUAGAUGAAAAUUCUAACACCUGGAAUUCAGAAGACGAUAGUUUUAAAGAUUUGAGUAAAAUUUAGUUUAUUAUUUUUUUAUAUUUUAAAUUAUAUAAAAUAGAAUUUGUUGAAUUAUAAUUUGUAUUCAAAAGCGUAUGUUUAAUUUUCUCUUAAAUUGAUUAAAAUAGUAAUAUUAAUUGGA